CAUUUCGUCCCCCGGACUCUCUCCUCCUGCGUAGGCGAAGCGCCGUCGCGCCUUCCCUGGGAGUGAUUCAUGGACUCCUCUGCGACGUCACUCCUGGGUGGAAAGUGAUGCUUGCGGCUGGGAAGCGUCCUUUGGGGCUGCCGGGGGAAUCUCUCGCGUUGAGAAACCGCUGCGGUGCUUUUCUGCACGGGAGGACCGCUGCUGCUAGCUAGAUGGAGAGAAAAAAGAGAGCGGCACGCCUCUCUCCAGCUAUCCGGUACAGUCUUGGUGUGUUUAGCUCAGAAGUAAACCUCCACUAACUUUAAUGGGGUUUGGUCACAAGCAGAUGCAGAGAAUGGCAGCCGGGGAGCCCGAUCCUGCGCCCGUUUACUCAGAAGUAAAGUUUCCUGAGUGCAAAAGGGAUUAACGCCCAGAACUACAGCCUGCCUACUUGGUGAUGCGUGCGUGAAGUCGGUUGACUUGUUUCCCAUAAGAAAGACACAGAGGCUAUGGUAUGUGGUAUCAAUCCAUGUUCUACAUGUACUAGCAGUUGUCAGUCCGGAAGAAGUCACGACAUAAUUAAGCAAAGAUCGACAGCUAAGGCAAGAAAUAUAGCAUUUUACCAUCUUGGGCCUUUCGGAAGCAAAUCGAGACACUCCUCCCAUCGGACGAUAGGAGACUGCCUCAGAGGUCCCCGGGAUUUCCUGAGGGGAAGGAGCCGUGAGUCUUUUGCACCCCUUGUAGAAUCACUGGAAAUUUUAAAAUACUCAAAACUGCACUGAAGUCACAAUAUGGUUCCUCCAGAUUAACUGAAAUUGGGAGGACAACAGAAAGAAAACUCAGUGGAAGGAGCAAAGGACACCCCAUACAAGAGAUUUCAUAAUCCAAGAAUGGACAUUAUAGCCUAUGAUGAUUUAUCCAGUCCAUCGCUUCCGAGAUAUUGAAAGGAAACCAGAAUACCUCCAGCCAGACAAGUGCAUCCCACCUCCUGCCUGCAGUUCCUCAGGAACGAUGUGGUUUAUUCGAGAUGGUUGUGGUAUCGCCUGUGCGGUGGUCACCUGGUUUCUAGUCCUCUACGCUGACUUUGUAGUCCUCUUUGUUAUGCUGAUUCCAUCAAAAGACUAUGUUUAUAGUGCGAUCAAUGGAGUAGUUUUCCACACAUUGGCAUUCCUGGCUCUGGCUUCACAUUUUCGAGCUAUGCUAACAGACCCAGGGGCAGUGCCCAAGGGUAAUGCUACAAAAGAGUUCAUAGAGAGUUUACAGCUGAAACCAGGGCAAGUGGUAUACAAGUGUCCAAAAUGCUGUAGCAUCAAACCUGACAGAGCACAUCACUGCAGUGUUUGCAAGAGAUGUAUUCGAAAAAUGGAUCACCACUGUCCGUGGGUUAACAACUGUGUAGGAGAGAAUAACCAGAAGUACUUUGUACUGUUUACAAUGUAUAUAGCACUGAUAUCCCUACAUGCCCUGAUCAUGGUUGGAUUUCACUUCCUGUAUUGUUUUGAAGAAGACUGGACAAAGUGCAGUUCUUUCUCUCCGCCGACUACUGUGAUACUUCUCAUUCUUUUGUGUUUUGAGGCUCUCCUCUUUCUCAUCUUCACAUCUGUAAUGUUUGGAACACAGGUACAUUCCAUCUGCACUGAUGAAACGGGCAUUGAGCGACUUAAAAAACAGGAGCCCACUUGGGAAAGAGUCGUCGGCUGGGAAGGGAUGAAACUGGCUUUCGGGGGUGAAUUUUCGCUGCGGUGGUGCAGUCCUUUUUCAGACCUGAGUUGUGAGGCCGCUCCACCAUCAGGGACAGCAACGGUUGCGCCAUCCGAGAGGGCGGCCCAGGAAGCUUUUGAGCAGCUUUCUGAUCAAGAGUUCAUUGUGCAAGUGUGUUAAAGGAAUAUGCUAAGUGUCCUUAACGAUGUCUGCAUACUUUUGAAAUCUGUGCACUUGAGACUUAGCUUUAAGGAACUAUGAUGCGUGAAGCCGCUGAGGCUACGGUGUUCCCAGUAGCCAAGGACCAUACUAAAAUAAAGCAAUGCAACCAAAUUCCCAUGCUAUUCUUCUACUGAUGAUGACCACAGUUUAACUGAGCUAUGAUAACCAUUUAAUGAAAUACAAACAGUUUGUAAAGUUAACAAUUGCUUUCUAAAAGUAUGCAAUAACUAUGUUGUUUCCCAGGAAAACUAUUGAGCCAAGUGCAUUUCUGAGGUCCAUUUGGGGUUUUGUUUGAAUCUCAUGGCAUGUGGAGAUUGUCCAAGAAACUCAAGACAAGUGCAAAACUUCCAAGUUCAGCCACGUGAUUUUGAGAGACCGGAGAAAUCUUAUUGUUGCUCCAUUAAUACAAAAGGUUUCUGUUCAUCUGAAUGGCCCCCAGGGAAGUAUUAAAGUGCAAACAGUUGGUUUUCAUACCAACAAUGGAUUGCUUUUUAAUCAAAAGAACUACAAAGAUGAAGGACAAUGGCCACUUUUUAGCCAAACCAGCAUUUUGAAAAUUGAUGAUUGUUCAUUAUAGAUAAGGUCGCAGUGGUAGGUAAAAGCCGGAUUUGGGAUUUUGAUCUUUGAAAGUUUGAUCAAUAAGAUCAAUGUUUUACAAACAUUAUGGCUGAAUUAUGUCCACAUCUUAUAGGUUUGUAGCCUGUUUGUUGGAGACUGGAGAAUUUGGAUGGUGCUGUUACGAUCAGUGGCUGUAGCCUUAGGAGAAGCUUGAAAGUUGCAGUGCAGCUUUUUGAAAAAUGGUUCACCUGUUUUAUCACUGUGGCUCGGGUGAUGAGCACUCACAUGGCCUAGCUAUGACCAUAGCUUCUGGUUACCUCUGAAGGGGACCAAUUAAUCUCAGUGUCAGGGACACCACACAUUCCCAAGAAAUCUUUGGGGAAAGAAGGAUAUCUAUCUGGAAACAAGUGUUUUCAGAUUAGCUGAGUGGAUUUUUCAACUUCUUCCUCAACGUUGGGAGUUCUCUGCUCUGUCAGAGGAGAUGUAUUUGUGCCUUAUGCUGCAUAUCAGAUGGGUGAGUAUCAAUGGCCCUAUUUAGCACUUACAGCUGCCACUCAUGCAAGACAAGCCAGUAUCAGAGACCUGUGUGACUCUACUGGGAAGCCAUCUGCUUGGUUUUCCCAAUCAUAAGCCUUUUUUCUCUUUCCCCCUUCUUACUUGACUAACUCAAGAGAGCAUCAAACGUUUGGAUCAUGGAAGGAAAAGGAUAUUUCUAUUAGAGAGGUAGCAGUGGGUGGGGGGGGGGGAGGGGAAGGAUCUCAUAAACCUUCCAAUGUGUGCUACUGAAAUUGUUCCUCUAUAUCACCUAAAAAAAUUAACUUCUAUUGAAGUUUAGUUUAUUUAGAAUAUAGAACUGUAGCCUCUUGAAAAGCUGAAGGCUGCAUCUAUCUUUCAUGGAAGAAAUUAAAAAGCUACCAACAGUUCUCCGUUCAGGGACUAAGAGACUUUUGUAAGCAUUCCACGCAUUAGAAGGGAGAAAUAUCACAAGCCUGAUAUCAAAUUAGGUAACAAUCCAGUGCACUUACCUUUUUUAAACUCCCCAAUAGAGUGGGAAGGAGCUGCAGCCGCAGCUGCCCUUUCUUUUCCUGUCAUGUCCCAACACCCCACUGAUGUUGAGGAUUCUUUUUCAACAUUGCCGGUUGGGAGAAGUGGGCGGAAGCGAAAGGCUGGGGGGGAGGAAGAAAUGCUCUUAUCCUGUAUCCUACUCUACUGUGGGGAUCCUCCAAAGGAAAUGACUUUCGUAGGUUUCCCCAACAGGCCAUGGAGUACCUCUCCAGACUGUUUCAGGUCCAGAAAAUGGUAUAAGGGGAACCUUGCAGUCAUUCUCCAGGCACACCACAUUUGCAAUCUGAACUGGGAAUUGUGUGCAUGGGGAGGGGAAUCUCAAAUACAUAUGACUGACACACAGGAUGAGGAUCCUGAACCUGACCUGUGUAAGGCUCAAGUAUCCCUGAGGUAAAAAAAACUUUGUUGGAUCUAAAGCAAGAUUAUAACGCAAUAAGGGAUUAAAAAGUGCUGCUCAGAAAUGAAAAAAAAAAUAACAUUUUCAUUUUAUUUUAAAGGGAGUAUAAAUGGAAAUAAGUAAAAGUAUAAUGAAAAAUAUGACUCUCCAAAUAUUAUAGAAGUUGGUGCUUAAUUCAGAUUACCAGGAGGAAGGUGAGGGCCCAGAGUAAAGGCCUCUGAAAAUUAUGAAUGUUCAAUGAAUGUCACUGAGCCAUUUAGUUACAUACUUUGUGAGCCAAAGAGAGUUGAGAAAUUGAACCCAAGUAUUAUUAUCAAUAUCUCUGUUGUGUGGCAAAGGGUUUUUUUUUAACCCUUUGUACUGGGUAUUUUUAUAAUAACAUUUGUGUAAAAUAAGCUAUUUGUCAAGAAUGUUCACAAAUAAUGUAUCAGUGCCUGUGAACAUUUGAUGGUUCUCACAUGAUAUGGAAGUUGAACACAUAUGCUACUGACUGUGAAUCCUAGCUUAUGUGUUCUAGUUGUCUGAGUGGAAAAAUCACAUUCAUUUCAGUAAUCUGUCUUCCACUGAUACCGAUUAGACUUUGCAUUUUAUUGCUGAAUCUGUUGGGCAGGCCAAGCAACUCAAGAGUGAUAUGAUUUAUUGCUGCUUGUAAUGAGUUCAGCAAUGGCAACAUACAUUCUAAUUACGGUACCCUCUUUUUUACUUUACUGUUCAUGUGGGGAACACUCGUUACCUCAAAAUUGCCUUUUGAAAUUGACCUGUUGUGGUAUAUGCUUCCAGUUGAAAAUAUAACAGCAGUUGUUAUAUGUUAACUAAGGAGACCGAAGCGUGUGAUGUCAUCAAAGUGUUUUGGAAGUGUGUAAGUAAUAUUAUCUGACAAUGUUAGGAUGCAUUGCCAAGGAGCAAAUUUAAGCCAAGAGAGAAUUAUCUGACAACAAACAGAUUUCUGCUGUGAUGUUGCCUAUUGGAAGGUGUGGUGGCAAAGCAAGAGACUGUUUCUCCUGGUAGUUUUGUGGCAUAUGUUUAUGAUUGAUAGAGCUGGCCUGGGAGCCUUGCCAUGCUUCUCACGUUACAGUUCGAGGCUUUUUGUUGGCUUUCUUCAUUGCUACUCUGUUUUCUGUGCACAGUUGGGAACAAUAAAGCAGCGAAAUGGAUGUGGAAAAGCCAAGGAGUAAAUGUCAAGUGGAACCUGAUUGUAGGACCUCUCUUUCCCUCUUUCAUUGAAAGUGCCUUAUUUGGGUCCAGACGGUUUUUUCUAAAGCUUUAUCUAUCAGACCAAAUAAUUGUUUAAAAAAAAAAAAAGGAACCUGGUAUUAACCUGAUGUCUGACUGUGCUGCUUCUGAGUUGUACUGCUUUUUGCUGUUUGUCAGAUAACCUUUCAGGCUGCCGCUUAAGGUACUUCAAACCAAAUAGCCUCAGUUUCUGGGAUCCAGUGUUUACAUUACUAGGUGUAUUGCUAAUUACUGUGAGUAGCCUCAUUGAACCCAACAGAACAAGCCUUCCUUCAAAAGCUCCAGGUUUAGUUUAGAAGUAUUUGCCUAAGUGCUUGGCUGAGGCUCACUGCUUGGGGGAAGGGAAGAUGUUCUCCUGUAUGCUUGCACUGUUACGCAUCCAACCCGUGCAUUAAUGUGCUGUGUUCUAAUGUAGCUGUGUAUCUUGAAGAUGAGAUGCAGCUGUUCUGGAUCCUGGCAGGCUGAGGAGUGCCUGAACUCAAAAGCUUUAAUAAACAGUGGGCUGGGGCCUAGUCAGUGGUGGGAUUCAGCAGGUUCGCACCACUUCAGCAGAACCGGUUGUCAAUAUGGUGCUUGUAUGCAACCAGUUGUUAAAUUAUUUGAAUCCCACCACCGGAACCGGUUGUUAAAUUAUUUGAAUUCCACCACUGGGCCUAGGCCCUAGUGUAUACAAAGACAGGCCUUCUGGUGUUUUCAUGAGCAAUUUAUUGAAGCUCUCCUAUGCAAUUAAAGAGUGUAUGUAUUUACAGAUCUCGGUGUUCUAUUUUUGCUCUUUGUAUCUUAUUUUCUGAUUUCAAUUGAGUAACUACUUAUUAAAAGAAUCAAAUAUUUUCA